GUCUUGUCGUUCAUUUUAAAAGAUUGGAAAUCUUCCCGAACAAUUUUACAACCAACUUAUAAUCACCAACAUUUAUUAAUCUCAGGAAAUGAAUGUGCUCCAGGCUUCAUAUAUAUGUAUCAUAUUGCAUCGAACUUAUUAAUACGCACUUUUUCUGGGCAUACUGCUCGUGUAACUUCCAUAUCAAUUAGUCGAAAUGGGCAAUUUUUCAUUAGCACCUCUUUGGAUGGAACAACCGAUGCCAUUGACGUUUUGAAACCACAUAGAGGUAAAGUGACUUGCUCCUUAGUCAGCACGAAUUUUCAAUAUAUUUUCACUGGCGGAACAGAUUCUUGCGUUCAUAAAAAAAUCACAGGAUCUGGCGAUUUUGUGGUUAUAGUAUGGGAUUUAAGUACAGGUGAUCAAGCAGUUCGACUAGGUGGCCUUAUGGCACCAGUAUCUUGCGUGACAAUCACGAGCAAUGACGCUUUUGUUAUUGUGGCAUGCGAAGAUGAGACUUUGCGGGUAUUUGGAACCGUUAGCGGGCAAGAGCUUCAUGAACUUCUAGGACAUGAAGGCAAAAUAUUAGCAGUUGCAGCAGCUCAGGAUGAUUGCCAAAUAUUUGCUGGCACCACAUCACGUAUUUAUGUUUAUGACCUUCAUAGUGGCAAAUUACUUGACACAUUGAACUGUAUCAAUCAACAAUUUAUAUUCUCACUUAAGAUUACUAACGACAAUAAUUUUUUGGUCUCUGCUUGUGGUAAUAAAGUUGAUAUAUGGAAUAUUUUUCAUUCAUCAUGCGAUAUGAAACACGCCAAUAAGUUCGAAAAACAAGGUUAUUGUGUUGAAUUAUUGAUAAAUAAAAUAUUUAAUGAUUCUCCAGAUUUCAUUGAUGUGCAAUUAACUACUCUUUUUUCACUUAAAGAUAUUGUCACUACGGUCGCUAUGUCAAAAGAUGAGAAAAGUGCUGCAUGUGGAACUAAAUUUGGCUUUGUCGCAGUGUGGGAUUUAGAUAUUUGUCAAUGUAUAUGGACGGUAGAGAUGAGUAAAUGUCAAGCGCAACAUUCUCAGCGUUAUAUUUUGAUGAUUCAAAGGAAAGGUAUUGCUGUAAAUUGCGUACGUUUCACCAUGAACUGUAUGUACCUUAUAAGUGGUGAUAAUGAAGGACAAAUAUGUAUAUGGGAAGCAUCGAAUGGGUUUUUCCUCAAAUCAUUGGAUGUAAAGCUUCUAAAUUUUUUGCAUCAAAAAAAUGAUUCAAUAACUCAAUCUUCUUCAUUGAAAGCAAUAUGCUUUUUUAUGGACGAUGAACGUGUGUUAUCAGUUGAUAAUUCCUCGAUUAUAUUCAUAUGGAACAUAUCCACAGACGAAUCUCCAGAUUCCGAUCCUAAUAUUUCGUUUAAUGGUAUUCGAGCACCGAUUAUUCUUUCACCAUAUGAUGACCGAAUUAUUGGAAUGAGGAUUUGGACAAUAAUUGAUGAGAAUAUUGUACCGAAAACGAAAAUUUAUCAUAAUGAAGAGAUUACAUGUUUCAAUACAACGACUAAUUUUUCACUUUUGGUGACCGGAUCUGUUGAUCAAUCGUUGAAAAUUUGGCAGAUUGAUACGGGAUUCCUCAUACAAGUAUUAGUUGGACACGAAAAUGGCGUAAUUUGUUGUGCAAUAGCGGAAGAUGAAAGGGUGGUUAUUAGUGGAAGUAAAGAUAGCCAAAUUAUUGUAUGGAAUGUCUCGACAGGUGAUAUAUUCCUUUCCAUACGCACAAUGGCUCCAGUAACUGCAAUAUACUUAACUGUAGAUGCCUCCGUUGCUAUUUCUGCUGAUGAAACUGGCUGGAUUGAAACGUAUGAUAUGGAAUCGGGACAACUUCUUUCCUCGUUUAAUGUGCAUCGUUCAAUAAAAUCAUUGGAAUCAUCUGCUGAUGGAAAUCGCAUAUUAGUUUUACCUGUAGAAUGUUCUCAACUACCUAUUCUUUGCCUUCAUAAUACGCCAGCUGGAACUGUACCUAUCCGACAAGAACGACGUCCUUCUACACGAGCUCAUAGCAUUACAAGCGUUGGAAGUAACAUAAGUGAACCAAAGGCCUCGACUGUUUUGAUGUCUUCACAUCAGAAUUCAAAUUUAACGGCAACCACAUCAAAUGGUUUUAAAGGUGGACCGCGAACUUUUGAUAAAAUCGAACGGGCUCGACCGAAGCUAUCUGUAGAGAAGGAGCGACCAACUAAUUCAUUAUUAUUAAGUAAGACUCACUCAGUGACCAUUGCUGCUAAAUCGGCUUUGUGUGCCUUGAUAUAA